UUGAUGCAGUGUAUGAUGCACUCAGAGGGCGAGGACCGUCUUGAGAAUAAAAUGAUGCCUUUCAUCGCCCAUGCAACAGGAAUAUUAAUGUCGGUGCCUGAAGACCUCUCACUAGAAGAAAGAGAAGAACUUUUAGACAUCCGUCGAAGAAAAAAGGAACUUAUUGAUGACAUCGAGAGGCUGAAGUAUGAAAUCGCAGAAGUGAUGACGGAGAUCGACAACCUCACGUCGGUGGAGGAGAGCAAAACGACUCAGAGGAACAAGCAGAUCGCCAUGGGAAGGAAGAAGUUCAACAUGGAUCCCAAAAAGGGAAUCCAGUUUCUAAUCGAGAACGACCUGCUGCAGAGCUCCCCAGAGGACGUGGCCCAGUUCCUGUAUAAAGGGGAAGGCCUGAAUAAGACCGUCAUCGGGGACUACCUGGGUGAGAGGGAUGAAUUUAACAUUAAAGUUCUUCAGGCUUUCGUGGAACUCCACGAGUUUGCUGAUCUCAACCUCGUACAAGCCUUAAGGCAGUUCCUCUGGAGCUUCAGGCUGCCGGGCGAGGCCCAGAAGAUCGACCGCAUGAUGGAGGCCUUCGCUGCUCGCUACUGCCUCUGCAACCCCGGCGUCUUCCAGUCCACGGACACAUGCUACGUGCUAUCCUUCGCCAUCAUCAUGCUCAACACCAGCCUCCACAAUCACAAUGUGCGCGACAAGCCCACCGCCGAGCGCUUUGUCACCAUGAACCGUGGCAUCAACGAGGGCGGGGACCUCCCCGAGGAGCUGCUGCGGAACCUGUACGAGAGCAUCAAGAAUGAGCCGUUCAAGAUCCCCGAGGACGACGGCAACGACCUGACGCACACGUUCUUCAACCCCGACCGGGAGGGCUGGCUCCUGAAGCUGGGGGGGCGCGUGAAGACCUGGAAGCGGCGCUGGUUCAUCCUCACCGACAACUGCCUCUAUUACUUUGAAUACACGACGGAUAAGGAGCCCCGGGGAAUCAUCCCACUGGAGAACCUGAGCAUCAGGGAGGUGGAGGACCCGCGGAAACCCAACUGUUUCGAGCUGUACAACCCCAGCCACAAAGGGCAGGUCAUCAAAGCCUGUAAGACAGAGGCGGACGGCCGGGUAGUGGAGGGCAACCACGUAGUGUACCGCAUCUCGGCGCCCAGCCCGGAGGAGAAGGAGGAGUGGAUGAAGUCCAUCAGAGCGAGUAUCAGCAGGGAUCCUUUCUAUGACAUGUUGGCCACGAGGAAAAGGAGGAUUGCCAAUAAGAAAUAGUGCUUUCCUGGUCUGAGCAGCAGCAGCCCCUGCUGAUCUCAAGAGGCCCUGUCGCCCCUUUCCGCCGCCACCCUCCCGGCUCCAAGGACAUCCUUCUCGAAGGCCCGGCCAGCAGCUGCGCCUGGUGGUCCAGCCUUGAAUAUCCGCGGGGCAGACAAGAGGCCACAUGUGCUCCUUGGUGGUGGUGGCGGUGUUGGCCGUUCUGGAAGCCGCUGUUUUGUAUCAUAACAGGAAAGGAAAAGCUACCACUUUUUUAUUGAGUUUUUUUCUCAGAUAUAUAGGAUUAUAGCUUUUAUACGCCUUUUUAUAUUCUGAAAUUAUAAUGAAAGAUACUUUCUAACAGUAGUAUUUUUAGAAUGGCAGCUAUAAAUUUAACUUCUGGACACACGUAUAUACUGUGCACUGAGAACAAGUUACAUAUACACACACACGCAGCAGCUGGGGAGCUGGGUGCCGCGCUCAAGGGGAACCCGAGGGCGCCCCCUGGUGGGGGGGAGACUCCCGUGUCCUUGAGGACACGCACUGGGUAGGGGUCCAGUGGGGUCCAGUCUUUUCAGUCAUCCAACUCAGUCUUCAUGGCCCUACAGAUAACUUUUCUAAAGACACAAAUCAUUAAAUUUUGGUUUGGGGUGUUUAUCCUGUAACUGCUGAAUCCCAGGACGGACAGUGUAUGUAUUGAACCACAUGAAACUGCUCACUCACAUUUGACCCGUUUCUGACACCCACAAAUAGCAGUGUCACGUGGUCCAACCAAACACAUGGUUCAGGCCAGCUGUGACCACUGUCUUCACUACUUAAGGCCUGUUGGCCAAACGAAUGGUUAUAAUGAUUCGAUCAGAUGUAUUAAUGUAAUGUGUAGACAUGUAAGGAACUGGAGAUAAUUGAUCUUCCUCCAUGUUUUGAGAGAUUUGAUCUAUUACAGGAAGGGAAAGAGCAGGCUGGCGGAUGAAGGUGUAUAGCACGUAGGCUUUUCUGUAAAUAGUUUAAAACCCCAAACACGCACUGGUGGUCGGACUGGAGAAGAUCCCUGACCAGGAGGUUGUCAGGUGCUGCUGGCUGAAUGAGAGGUGCUCAAGCGUGCGGUGAGGAGCUGGGUCCAUCACGCCGCAGAGAUGGCCCAGGGGUGCACAGGUGGGACAUUCAGGGCGGGGCCAGUGACAUGCUUUUUAUUCUAAGUUUCAUUUCCACCACCAGGACCUCCGCACAUUAUAUGGACUCCCUCGCCCACAUGGGCUGUUUCGGUGGAGGGUCCCUUCCCUGGGGGACCCUACUUUCCCUGCCCCACCGCGAAGGCACCCACCCUGUUCAUUUUGCACAUUUGAGAGGUCAUCACCUCUCCUGUGCAAAGGUCAAGUUCAAGAAAGACCACCUUAGUCUAUGUGUGGAGAGGUAAAACAGAGAAAAUGUUUCCUAGGAGUUGCCUUGAGGCUGAGACGGAAUGGCUGUGGGCCCUCAGCCUUGUGCAGCUUAAAGUCACACUAGACUGCAAAGGGGGCCACGCACAGGAUUCUCCACCAGGCAUCAAACUGACUUUUUUGGUUCAUUCCCAAGUGUUCAGGCUUUGCUACUGUACCGAUACCUCAGAUUCAAACCUCUAGUUCUGAGAAAGGCAAGUCAGCAUUCUUGAAACGCCUGACUGGCAUAUAUGCAACUCUGGCCCGUCUUCCGUGAAAAGACGCUGCCCAGACCAUCCGACCAAACACUGCUGACGACGACCGGCAGCGCCCUCCCCUUGGGCCGGCCCCACUCCUGGGUUGCCUGGGCCACCGGCUCCAUCAGUAUUUUGCGUGGGACAACUGAUCUCUCCUUUGUCUGAUCCAGGUAGGACCCUGGGGAUACAGGACUUUCUGUCUUUUGGGUUUGCAUCAGGGUGGGGUUGAGAGAAGUGAGCAGAAGGAAACCUCUGUAAAAUCCUUCUCUGACCACUUGUGAAGGAGCCUUACCAGACGGCUGUUUGCCCGGGAUGAUGCAGAAGGCCAUGGUGCUCAGGAUCUGCCCCUUGCUCCAGGAGUGUUACGUGAAGUCAUGGAAUCCCAGGUUUUGUGUGACAGUAUUGACCUGACAGGCCUGAGGUGUCCUCCCCGCACUAAGCCCUCAGAUGGCCUGGUCCAGAAGCCCCGCUGGGUCAGGGCUGUGUGGGGACAGGUCUGUGGCCGGCGGGCCUGGACCUCAGUGUGAUCCUGUUCACCCCCCUGCUACCCUCCCGUUUGCGCUCAGUGCUUGAAUUACUCGUCUUAUCCCAACUCUGGCCAAAGAGCUUACCUGCAGAGAAAGAGGGCAGGAGGCAGGGAAGGUCUGCUGGGUGGGAGGCAUGGCUUCCACAGCCCUACUUGCCCCCAUUGACACGUGGGGUUUAAGUGGAUGACCCUGUGCCCAGACAGGCAGGUGUCUUCAGGAUCACAGAACAUCCUUGAGCAGUUUAAUGUGGUACCAAACGAAGUCCAAAUAGGAGCUAUUUAUAGAUGAAGCAGCAUUUAACGCUGCAUAUAAAGCAAUGCAUAUUUUUCAAGCUAAAAUGCAUAUAUCUACAUAGAUGUGCUUUGCUGACAAGUUAGGUCUGUUGUAGACCAGAAACCACACAUUGUGAUUUCUUGUUUUAUUUUUUCUUAGAAAACAUUUCUAUUUACAGUAAAUAGUUAAUAUGUAAAUAAUGUACAUAUAUGUUGACUUCUGGAGUGUUUGUUAUUCAGUGUAUAUACUCCUACAAUGUGCAUGAAGAAAUAUCCUUUAUCUAUUGAUAAUUUUGUUGUAAAGUGAAUGGUAAACCUGCAGAGUGUAUGGCUGUCAAAUGGCAAAUACUGUGUUCAUUAAAUAAAAACACAUUGUUAAAAUAA